AUGACGGAAUAUUUUACCUGGGAAGAACUGCCAACCAGACAUCCUGACACGGGACAUGCAACACGGGCUGGAUUCAUCCCAAAGAUUCCAGUCAUUGUAAAGAAUAUCAUUGUAUUCAGUUUGGUAUUUCACGGAAUACAAAGCACUGUACGCAUGGUGCAUAGUCAUGACAUGGUCUACACCAAGUGGUACCCUUUCGAUGCAACUGUGAGCCCUGCAUAUGAACUGGUAAAUUUGUCCCAGUGUAUUGCUUCGCUCCUCAUUGCAAGUGUGCUUGUCGGGUCGUCGGGUCUCUACGCCACGCUAGUGUGUGUAGCCUGCAGUCAGCUGGAGAAGCUCAGAGCGGCCCUCCUGGAUAUCAGACAGACACACGUCACAGCAGAGCGGGACUGUGGGACACAGGCUGACCUACUGGAGGCACAGGAACAGGCUCGUGCCUCAGAGGAACUGUUCCGUCACAUGCAGAAACAACUGAACAACUGCAUACGUCACAACCAGGAGAUAAAACGGUUCAUGCAGAGCAUUGAAGAAGUCUGGAAUAUUCUACUGUGCGGUACUUUUCUGGUGUUGUUAACAACGAUGUGUGUUAUCGCAUUCUCAGCCAUUACGGUAAAGUACUCAUUACAUUUCAGAGAAUCGGAAACUCAGUCAAUCUCAUUAAACGCAUUUUAUAGAGUUAUUUACUGUACUAUCCACUUACGACAAUAA